UGUUUUGACAGUACAGAAGAUUAAAACAUUAAUUUCUCCAAAACCCUCAAACACAACCCUUGGAAAGGAUACCGAUUUGACGAUAUCUCGACACUAAAAGUCUGGUGCCAAGAUGAACGUCGGUCAGUCUGACAAUGAGGAGGUAGUGGUAGAUAAGGGAUCUAAGCAGAACACGCCAAAGACACUAGAUGGCGACAUCGCACGUCGUCGUCAUGACAUGUACGUUGGAGUACAUAUGCCACUCCAAACUAGGGGCAGGAACCAUAGUACGAGACAGAAGAGAGGUUCUGAGGUGACCAUUGGAGAUGGUGGUGUGAGGAAAAGCUCCGGGCCUGUGAUGUCAAACGGGGUAACCCCAAACGGCGUACAACUCUAUGAUGGUGAAACUGCCGCUCAGCGAGUGAAGUUUCUCCUGGGUGAAGACGGGGAGAAACUCGGUGUUGAAACACACGACGUCUUCUCUGAACUUGAGGAACUUUUCUACGAUGAAGAUGGCAAGCUACUCGAAUGGAAAGAAACUGCGAGAUGGGUGAAGUACGAAGAGGACGUUGACUAUGGCGCAGGCCGUUGGAGCAAGCCUCACGUUGCCACGCUAUCUCUCCAUAGUCUAUUUGAACUCAAGCGACUCCUACAUACUGGAACGGUGCAGCUGGAUAUGGACGCUGAUAACCUUUGGACCAUUGCUGAUUUGGUUCUGGAUAACAUGGUUGCUACGGGACAGUUGCCGGACGAGGACAGACCCAAUGUCAAAGAAGCCCUGAUACGGAAACAUCGUCAUCACUUACAGAAAAAGUCCAAGGGAGAGAAGCAAAUGGAGAAGCAAGCAGGAAGGGGAAGACGAAGAAGCAGUUUAUAUCCAGGAAUCGAUAGAAGUCAAUCCACUGGAGGCGGCCAAAACGUGAGCAUGGAGCAAGCGGCUGCUAUGUUAUCUAAGAAGCAUAGUUCUGCCUCUAAUCUAGAGAAGAUGAAGCGGAAUGAAAGUCAAGGAUCUCUUGGGAGGAAUGAGACGUCAGACAGCUCGGAACAAAUUCAUAAGGAGUCUGGUAAUAAGUUUUUGAAGAAACUACCGGCUGGUGCCGAGGCGUCCAACGUACUGAUCGGUGAGGUAGACUUCCUAGAGAAACCCAUCCUCGCCUUCGUGCGCCUUAGGGAAGGCGUCUUGUUACCAGACAUGACGGAGGUUCCAAUUCCUACUAGGUUCAUUUUCAUCCUCUUAGGUCCUCCAACGGGAGACUCUCUGAAGUACAGAGAAAUCGGAAGAUGUGUCGCCACUCUCAUGUCGGAUGAGGUGUUCCAUGACGUAGCAUACAAGGCCAGAGACCGGAACGAUCUGCUUGCUGGCAUCGACGAAUUCAUGGACCAAGUUACUGUUCUCCCACCAGGAAGUUGGGAUCCAAGCAUUCGGAUUGAGCCACCUAAAUCAGCGCCCUCACAGGAGAAACGCCGCCAAUCGGAACACUUUAUGCAUCCUAUACCAAUCGGUAUUCACCUUGAGGAUGAUGCUAAGUUUGAACUAGUGAGGACUGGAAGAUUGUUUGGUGGUCUGAUAAACGACGUAAAGACAAAGCUACCGUUUUAUGCGAGUGAUUUCACGGAUGCCUUCAGCGUGCAGUGUAUUGCAUCCUUCAUCUUCAUGUACAUCGCUUGCAUCACCCCUAUCAUUACGUUUGGUGGAUUGCUAGGGGGCGCUACCAAUGAUUACAUUGCUGCAUUUGAGAGUCUGAUUGGUGGAGCUAUAUGUGGCGUAGUGUACCAUCUAUUCGCCGGGCAACCAUUGACUAUCAUAGGAAGUACAGGACCUAUACUGAUAUUCGAGACCAUCAUGUUUAAACUAUGCACAGCUGCGGGUCUGGACUACUUGUCGUUCCGCCUAUGGAUCGGUUUCUGGACCUGCGUCAUCUGCGUCAUCUUGGUGGCCACUGAUGCGAGCGCCCUCGUGCGGUACAUCACUCGAUUCACGGAGGAGGCCUUCGCUGCUCUCAUUGCUUUCAUCUUCAUUGUGGAAGCCUUCGAGAAUCUGAUUGAGAUCAGCCACGAAUAUCCACUCGAGAUCCAUCCGUUUGCAAACAAUCCACUCAACAUGUCCGCCGAAUCAGACUGUAUGUGCGUCCCACCGAAUGAUACCACCGGCGAAUGGAUGGAUUCCAACUGGACCGAAAUCUCCUUCGAAGACUGCGGUCUCCUCAACGGUACCCUGGAGGGAGAGUCUUGCAACCAUCAUCACCCGGUCCCAGACGUCUUCCUCUUCUGUGUUAUCCUCUUCUUCGGAACCUUUGUCAUGUCUUACGCUCUCAAGACGUUCAAGUUGACCUCCUUCUUCCCGACCAAGAUCCGUUAUUUCAUCAGUGACUUCGGUGUUUUUGUGGCCUUUAUUUCCAUGACGUUAUUCGACAUUCUUAUUGGCCUGCCAACACCCAAACUGACGGUUCCAAACCAGUUCCAGCCAACUCGUCCGGACAGGGGCUGGCUCGUCCCGUUCUUUGUAAAUCCAUGGUGGACGUACUUUGCUGCUAUCGUUCCAGCCCUCCUCUGUGGCAUCUUGAUCUUCAUGGACCAACAGAUUACUGCUGUCAUCGUCAAUAGACGCGAGAACAAACUCAAGAAAGGUUUUGGGUACCACUUGGAUCUGUUCAUCGUCGGCCUGCUGUUGUUCCUUAUGUCACUGCUGGGCAUGCCGUGGUUCGUAGCGGCCACCGUACUCUCCAUUAACCACGUGGACAGUUUGAGGGUCAUGUCGAGUACUGUCAUUCCAGGAGAGCCGCCAAAGGUUGUUGGCUGUCGGGAGCAAAGGUUAACAGGUCUGCUGGUGUUUAUCAUGAUGGGUGUGUCCAGUUUGAUGACCAGUGUACUUCGGUUUAUCCCGAUGCCUGUGCUGUACGGCGUGUUCCUGUAUAUGGGAAUAUCAUCCCUUCGUGGCGUGCAGUUCGUGGACCGGUUGUUGCUCUUCCUGAUGCCAGCUAAGCACCAGCCUGAUCACAUCUACCUUCGCCACGUCAAACUCUGGAAGGUUCAUCUAUUCACAGCUAUCCAGGCGAUUUGUCUCGCUAUCCUUUGGAUCAUCAAAACCUCCAAGGGAGCCAUCGUCUUCCCAAUUAUGGUCUUGGCCAUCGUGAUAAUACGUAAGGGAUUGGAGUACAUCUUCUCCCAGCCCGAACUGAGUUUCCUUGAUGACGUCAUACCAGAGAGUCAGAAGACACAGAAGGAGAACGAAGACAAAAAGAUACAAGAUGAGAUGGAUGAGCACACACGUACUCGGAGCGGUACCCUGACCGUCGCCCUAGAAAGUGGACAGAUGUUGAGCAUACCUGCAGGAAGAGUGACCUUUAACCCCGCCAAAGACGGUAAAGAUGCAGAACUUGACAGCGAUGGUAACAUGGGCACUGGGCGUGCCCUGCGCACAUUGUCCAACAGCUCACAGCCUCGUCAUCGGCGAGGCAGGGCAACUAGUAUGGAACCAGAUGUCCGGAACCAGACUGCCGACGAAACUCAUAUAGAGCUUGGACAGGGAAACAACAAUGUAGGAGCGUCAGCCGACCACCAUGAGCUCGACACUCGAUUCUAAAAACAACACCUGACACGGCCAAUACUUCAAGCUAAAUGAAAAUCAACUUCGUCCUGACGGGUCGAAACGUCGAGUUUGAUCAACAACAGCUCAAAGAGAGAUAUUGCUUCUGAGCACUGUCAUGUUCUGUUUAGAGUUUAAACACACAUGUUGUAGCCACUUUGUAAACAUGUUCAAGGCACCUGAAAG